AUGAUCGCCCUGUUUGACUUUGAUACCUCCCGCCCCCGACACUCCUCACUCAGGGGAAUAAGGUGCACGGCCUUGGAAUCCAACUAUCUCAGCAUCCCCGUGUACAUUUCUGCGUCCAUCUCGACGGCCAUCAAUACGUUCGUCUCCGAUCUACUCAGCAGGCGCGCCGUGUGUCUCCUACACAGGGUCCUGGUGACGUGGGUGGCCAACAACACGCAGCCCGACCCGAAGCGGUCCAUUACGAUAGCGCUCCUCAUGUCGCUGGCGAAUGCGUCCGGACUUGUCUCGUCCUAG